AAGCUCCGAGAGGGCAUUGGCAAUUGGUCUAUGGCCCACUUGGUACACAAGAGUUUCUAAGGACAAAUUUUCGCCUGACAUAUGCAUACAUUGCGCUGGCAUCAUCGUUCCCCGAUAUUGAAGUUAUUGUUUAAUGACGAGCAAGCGUUCGAGGGCACAUCAUUCCACCAGGAGAAGCCUCUUCUAUUGACUAUUGAAUGGCCGGAUACAGGCUCAUUCACAGCUCUUCUGGUUCAGCAUAUCCUGCGAUCAUCGCAUCACCGUCGAUGCGGACGCCAUACUACUUACUGUCCCCAACCUCGGCUUCAUCUUUCGCGAUGCGGACUUUGUCGAGAUCUCACAUCAGACAUCCAGUACUCUCAUGGCUGCAUUUUGCAAUGCUAAUGCAGAACGCCGGGCAACAUUAUCAGUGCUCAAAGCCGGUCAUGCCAUCUCGCUACUUACAGGCAGCACAGUAAGGCCUCUGCCGAAAGAGCGUGGCCAUACAGUGGUCCUACUCUGCGACGCCCAUAACGCUCCCGCUUGUCUACCGCACCUGAAACGAAGCGUUGUUUUGCUUGUCUUGCAUGAGUCAGGUAAUGCGUACCUUCCACCAGCGUACGGUAAGCUCAGCGAUACGCUCGUUCCAGUACAAGAACGUGCAGCAAGUCAGAGCCAAGGUACGCCUGAAGUCGAAGGCGCUUUUAUUUUGGCGUGACAGGCAAAGAUGCUUGUUUUGACGCACUUUUCAAGUCGAGAAUGGGGGAAAGGGCAACAGGCAAGGCAUUGUAUGCAGCUAUGUGAGCAAAUUGCUCAACGAGCAUCAUCGGC